AUGGAAACCAUCAGCCACAUGGCACAAACCGCUGCGAAAGCUGUAUGGGGAGAUGGCACAGAGCAUGACGAGCCUGCUUCCGGCGUUCAAGGAGACGUAUCAAAGGGCGAGCCAUACGACGGUGGCAAUAUUGACCCCAGAGACCAGGAGAGGAGAGACUCAAAGUUUGCCACAGAAGAAGACGAGUCCUUGAAAGAGACGCAAGACAGUAAGAAACAAACGGAAGCCCUCAGUUCGAAAUCAGAGUCUGCAGAGAGCACCACCCGCAAGCCCAACGACGAUCCAGUCCAAAAGGGCGACGAGAAAGCCAUUCAGGCAGAUGACGGCCCCAGGCCCCUCGCGGCCAUUGCCAAAGAGAACGGCGGUGACGCUGGCAACACUCAAACCGGAUCCGAAUCUACAUCCGCAAAAAGCGACGCCGCCACCGCCGGCCACGCGGAGGACGAGAGCUCUGAAAGCAAAGGAACGGGCGAACAAUACGUCAAGACCACAGGUCUCGCUGCAGACGGCGGAAACUUUGACGCGACAAAUCCCGGCGCAGGGAGAGAGGCUGACCGUCUCAUGGAGGAGAAGCGAGUCGACCGCCAAGGUGGUAUGGACCAUCCCAAGCCUGGUUCGUCUUCAUCUGGAAGCGGCGGCAAGGAUGGAAAGCCAUCCCUUAAAGAAAAGAUCAAGGACAAGCUGCACAUCCACAAGUCUUGA